AGCAGAACAGGAAAAAGACCACUAUACCCCUCCUCUGCUUCCUGUGAGCUCAACAAUCCGACUAAACAAAACUACCUUUAAGACUAAAGAAUCGAAGAAUACCCACCUGCUUUUCCUCGCUUUCUCCAUCAAAUUUCCCAGAGAAUAUAUAUAUGUAUGUGCAUAGAAGAGAGAGAGUAGGAAGUGAAUUGGGUGAUAAGAAAAUGGGCAUUUUGCACGAGGACGUGGUCCUCGUUAAACGGGAAAAAGAAGGCGAUCCCACUGUGAUUACUGUUAAUUGCCCAGAUAAAACUGGUUUGGGGUGUGAUUUAUGUAGAAUUAUAUUGAUCUUUGGGUUGAGCAUUUGUAGAGCAGAUUUUUCAACGGAUGGGAAAUGGUGCUACAUGGUGUUCUGGGUGGUGGAAAAGCCCAACACAAAAUGGAAUUUGUUGAAGAACAGGCUUUUAGAAGUGUGUCCUUCUUACUUUUCCACUUCUGAAAUGGAUUAUUACCGGCCUCAAAACCAGCCGCCAAGGCCACCAGAUGUGUUUCUCUUGAAAUUCUGGUGUACUUAUGAUCGAGAAGGCCUAUUACAUGAUGUCACUGAGGUUCUCUGUGAGCUAGAGUUAACAAUUAAGAAAGUGAAGGUAUCCACUACCCCAGAUAGGAGAGUGAUGGACCUCUUUUUCGUUACAGACACAAGAGAACUUCUUCAUACGAAAAAGAGAAAAGAUGAAACAAUUCAUCAUCUGAAAGCCUUUCUAGGGGAUGCCUUAAUCAGUUGCGAAAUUGAUGUGGCUGGUCCAGAACUUACCGCAUGUUCACAGGGUUCUCCAUAUCUUCCUUCUGAUAUCGGUGAAGAAAUGUUCAGUUUAGAGCUUCCAGGGGAAAACAUUAAUGGAUGUCCCGCCUCUAAUUCGAUUUCAGUCACAAUGGACAAUAAGCUCAGCCCUUCUCACACACUUGUUCAAAUCCUCUGUCAGGAUCAUAAAGGUCUCAUCUAUGAUAUCAUGAGAACCCUAAAGGAUUACAACAUUCAGAUUUCAUAUAGCCGAUUCUUUGCAAAUCCAAAAGGGAACUGUGAGAUGGACUUGUUUAUAAUGCAAGCUGAUGGCAAGAAGAUUGUUGAUCCCAGCAAACAAAACUCAUUACUCUCUCGCUUAAAAAUGGAGCUUCUGCGUCCACUUAGAAUAGCUGUGGUGAGCCGUGGCCCUGAUACUGAACUGGUGGUAGCUAAUCCGGUGGAGUUGUCCAGCAGGGGCCGUCCUCUUGUGUUUCAUGAUAUUACUCUUGCUCUCAAACUUCUCAACAUGCGGAUUUUCUCAGUUGAGAUUGCUCGACACAUAAUCCAUGGCCGAGAGUGGGAAGUGUACAGAAUUCUGCUCGAUGAAGGGUUCGGAUUCUCUCUGCCAAGGAACAAGAUUGAAGCCAGCGUAAUAAACAUUUUGAUGGGUUGGGACAAAAGAAGAUGAGUUUGUUUCUCUUCCACUAGUGUACAGUCCAAUAUCCUAAUUCAACCUUUUUGAGUCUUAUGUAGUGCGCAUUCUAGAAACUAACCAACGAAUUAAGCAGUAAUCAUGAAACGGCUUAGUGUAAAUGUAAAUGCUCUUUAUGCUGAUUAUACAAAAAAAAUUAAUUAUUAUUAGUUUA